AUGUCUGAUGAUUCCACACGACGCACUCGAAAGUGGGCUGAUCGUCACCGCAGCCCUAGCCCGCGUUCGAAGGACCCGGUGAAUGCCAAGGAAAUGAUCCGCAAAGGCCUCGCUCGUAUUGUUUCGAGGACCAUGGAGCCAUCGGGAUAUAGGAAGCUACAGGGACUUAUCCAAUACCACGGCGACGAGAUUGUGUCUCAAAACCAGGACUACAAUACAUUGCUGGAAGCUCUAUUUGCGGAACUGGAAGCGAUCCCUUCCAACCGCAAGGAUCAUGACGUGAAAACACAGGUUUUGGCCACUAUCCGUUCCAUGCUUCUACGAACCCGCGAGCAUUUCCACCCCUAUGACACUCGUGCCAUGGCAGCUAUUAUCCGGGUCCGCCGCCACUACGAAUCCACUUCCCACUUUGUCACUUGCCUAGAGGAAGUCGCAGACAAACUGGUGUUUUUGACCCUGCCUCAGACGGCGAUAAUCGGUGUCCUGCAGGGACUGGAUCUCGGAGCUGACGCAGAAAAUGACGAGACGUACCGGUCCACCAUCAUGGGCUUGAGUACUAUCCAGCAGUCACUAUCGCGUCCCGGUAUCGACAUCGACGAUGAGCUUCUGGCUCGCAUCGGUGCUGUGGUGAUGCAACAACUCGGGCACCCGCGCCCCGGUGUCAGAAAGAAUGCCACUGAGCUCUGCACGUUCUUGAACAUCACCUUUGGAUCCGAGCGAGUACAAAAAGUCACCCAGCCUCCUCGUGAGGGAUCCCUUAACCUUCUGACCUACUUCAUGGCCCGACGGACUCAGUAA